CUCAUGUUUCGUCGUCCCUCGACAUCGCUUGCCUCAAUACGUGCCAUGACAGACAUCAGCCGCUUUGAAAGCGUCUUUUCCUUUGAUCCUAAAUGCCACUUUUCGGAAUACACACUAGCGGACAUUGCUCAUGCGCAGAACACCCUAAACUCGAAGACCUUCUUUGAGCGUCUGCUCGAAGAAGUCGGCAUUGCGACGAGUAUGUGAUCUUCAGGCAUGAUCGGCACCAUAAUACGAACUUAUUCCCUUCACGUAGAGCCUCGAAUCUAUCCUCCCAAGAAUAACCGCGAACUCAGACAACUUCACCAAGCCAUUAUUGCCUCCAAAGCUUCGGAGGACCAGAAGCUGGCUCUGCUCUAUUACCUGCUCAAAAAUGUCGGUGCGUCGUGCCACGGAAAAGACGUUGCCGAAGAUUUCGCUUCGGAGGUUGUCAUCUCGAGAAGAAGCUGGACAUUCAUAGAAGGCAUCUGGGAGCUAGAUCAUCUCCACUACGCUCAAGCGCUAGAGAUCUUUGCUUCGGUUUCGCUGCCGCAGAACCUUGCGGAGGAGCUUCUCGACAUUCUACUCGAUCUCCAGAAAGGAGAAAUUGCAGUCGCCCUCUACCAGACUGUGAACCCAUCUUUCUCAAACCCAAAAGUGCUGCAGAAAUACUUUACGUUAAUUUGUCAGUGUAGCAUUGCAGAUGCAUAUUCCUUCAUGCACCACCAAGAAGAUCCCUCUCUGUUCGAAAUUCUGCUUGCACAAGCUCUAUCCGGUCAAGGCCCGGAACGAGCGCGAAACUGUGUCGAGCUCAUCGAUCUUCCGUUCACUGCGGAAGAAGAAGAGAAGAUGUAUGACUUCUACUUGCAUGGGCCAGGUCGUAAUCUCCCAAAUGCUGCCGAUGUAGUGGUGAUGCGCAAGAUCGCAACGGGAAAGCUCAGCGAGGUGGAAUCAGAUGUCCGCCGGCUAAACGUUACGAAAACCCCCCAUGACGGUAUGACUUGGGACAACAUUGUGAACAGCAUUGGUCGUGGAAUGGGGCCACGAAGCAACCUUCCUCACCUUUUAGAUUGAUAAUCUACCCGUCGGCCUGACCGUCAAUUUUUUUGGGGGGAGGGGACAGUAGAGCCCUACGAAGUUCUGAAAGGAACCACACAUUGGAAUUAUUGGAAAUAGCCCUAAUUAGGCUUCAACAAUUUGUCGCGACAAUAACUCAAGGGAGCGGAUUGUGCAAAGUCCGUGAAAAUCAGUGGACGCACAUCUCCACCCUAGCUAUGUAACUUGCGUCCACUGGUUCCUAAUAAGGCUGCAAUGGUUUCAAGGUCAACGAGCUCACCGGAGGAUGUAACGCAUCAUAAGUAUUGCACCUCGUCGCUUCCAUGGAUGCACCGCGGGGUCUUGUCGAUACCUAUACAAGCAGUGCGACCGAGAUGGUUGCGGGCAGGCACGACAUGUGUCAAAGGCUUGUGAUCUUUCGGGGCAACGAUGAAGUGACAUCUGGAGGACAGCAGCGUGUGUUCAACACGCCGGUCGAAUGCAAGAAGUAUCAAAUCUCUACUCCACUCGCAUCCCUAUAGUUUUCUAUCAUAGGCUUGAAAGGUCCUUUAACGAGAGCUGCACCGUCACAUCAUCCCAAACCUUGUCGCCCUAGCACCGCUCCAACAACAAAGCCACGGCUCAACGAUGAGAACCACACCGACACAAAAGUCGGCGCACCCGCUGCGUUUCAAAAAAAUCACGGCAGCGAAGCAGUGUCCUUUUAGGUUGAAGGGAUUUAUCUCUCGUCUACGUAAUCUCGGGCCAAAGCAAAACGCAUGUCCAGUUCCCCAACUUGAUGCACAUGAACAUCCAACGCCGACAACAACGUCCCAAAGAUUGCUGCAUUUUCGCCGACCAAGCGCAGUACAGGGUCGGCAGACUCAUACCGCUUACAGCCACCAUGACGACAUCCAAGCACUGGAAUAUAUAGGUAUUGCACAGGAGCUUGUAUCAGAAGACACACAGUUACAGUCAUAUCACCCCCUUGAUAAUUUUUCUAAUCUUUCCUAGACUCCGCCUCUCUAGUAUCGAAAUUCUGCGCCUUGAUGAAGAAUGGCCUGCUUGGGAAUCUGGUCACGCCCGCGAGAAUGCGAUAGGAAUCAUGAUGCUUCCCCAAACACCUACUCUAGACGACUCCGUGUUCUAUGUUCAUGCCAGCUACUUUGCUCUAUAGGAAUCAUAAGACCUCAAAACUACGAGCGCAUUGGAACCAAGAGCUGUAUUUGAAAGAUUGUCAUUCACUGAGGAUGAGAGAGUUGCGCAUGAAAGGGUUGCCGAAUGAAGCAUGCUAUCAGCACAGGUUCUGUACAUGUGUUCGGACUUCCUAUCUUACUAAAAGCAUCUAUUUCGAAAUGAGCCCUUUAUCAGUAAUCAAACGCGAAGCUGUUCCCCAGUUUCUGUGUACGGCUUAUCAGAACCGUCUGCUGUCACCUGCUGUGCAGCUUUCUCAAUUGCUCGCACCAAUGCCUCGAUAGUCUCCCUGCGGACCUCUCUAUUUAUUACAACUCUAAAGAAUUUACCCUGCUCACCAGGCGCGUAAUCGAUCAUGAAACCCAUCGAUAUGAGUCGAUUGGCUAUUCUCUCUGUAAUCCUUGAAUUUACCUCCUUUUUCUCACUAAGUCUACCGUCGCGUGCCCAGUAAAAACAUACUUGCAUCUGGUGAAGAGCAU